CCGGGGGAGGGCAGUAAAGCGGAGGAGGAAGGGGGGGGACAAAAUAGGGGCGUGCCUUGGCCCCUGAUUGGCUGUAGCAUACUGACGCGAGGCCUCCGGGACUGCGUUGGGGGGAGCUAACUGUGGGUUAGGGUGGGGUGCUGGGUGCAGGAGCUGCCAGACCAGAGCGCUCAGAAACAUGCUGAAGGCUCAGCGACAGCAGCUACAGCAGCAGCCUGAAAGAGGAGGGAGGCAGCAGCAGGCGCGGCUCCUGCGGCGAAGGCACCCGGCGCGGAUGUCCCCGGCUCCGCGCUGCUGCAGACUGCAGUCUUGACCUGGCCCUGACCCCGACCUCUUUCGCCGUCCUCUCCUAUCCCAAGGUUCUGCGGGUUCCUCAAACGACGGCUCUACUCCGUCCCCACCCCACGUCUUCAGUUACUUCCUCCUCACCAUGGGAGAUGGGGCGCUUGCCUUAGGCUACGAACCCUACAACCUGUCAUCUCCUUCUCCGGCCCCCGACGGGGCGGGCGGAGAGGCAGAGGCAGCGGCAGUCGCAGCAACUGCCGCAGCCGCCACGGCCGCCCGGCUGCUGGUGCCCGUCUCCCCCUCCUCUUCUCUGUUGACCUCGACGACGGCAGCGCCCGUGGCCCUUUCCCAGCAGUGGACGGCCGGCAUGGGCAUGCUCAUGGCCCUCAUCGUGCUGCUCAUCGUGGCGGGCAACGUCCUGGUGAUCGUGGCCAUAGCCAAGACGCAGCGUCUGCAGACGCUCACCAACCUCUUCAUCAUCUCCCUGGCCAGCGCCGACCUGGUUAUGGGGCUGCUGGUGGUGCCCUUUGGGGCUACUAUCGUGGUGUGGGGCGACUGGGAGUACGGCUCCUUCUUCUGCGAGUUCUGGACGUCGGUGGACGUUCUGUGUGUCACCGCCAGCAUCGAGACUCUGUGUGUCAUCGCCUUGGACCGUUACAUCGCCAUCACGUCCCCGUUCCGCUACCAGAGCCUGCUGACUCGGGCUCGGGCGCGAGCGCUCGUGUGCACCGUGUGGGCCAUCUCGGCACUCGUGUCCUUCUUGCCCAUCCUCAUGCACUGGUGGCGGGCGGACGGGGACGAAGCGCGGCACUGCUACAACGACCCCAAGUGCUGCGAUUUUGUCACCAACCGAGCGUACGCCAUCGCCUCCUCCGUGGUCUCCUUCUACGUGCCGCUGUCCAUCAUGGCCUUCGUCUACCUGCGCGUCUUUCGCGAGGCCCAGAAGCAGGUGAAGAAGAUCGACCGCUGCGAGCGGCGCUUCUAUAGCGGCCCCCGCCCGCCGCCCUCGCCCUCGCCACCGCCGCUGCCGCGGUCCCAGGCGCUCCACCAGCCGCCCCCCGCACCCGUGCUGCCGCCGUCGCGCGCGGCCGUGGCCAACGGGCGCCCCAGCAAGAGGCGGCCGUCGCGCCUUGUAGCCCUCAAGGAGCAAAAGGCGCUCAAGACGCUGGGCAUCAUCAUGGGUGUGUUCACCCUCUGCUGGCUGCCCUUCUUCCUCGCUAACGUAGUGAAGGUCUUCCACCGGGACCUGGUGCCCAACUGGCUAUUUGUCUUCUUCAACUGGCUGGGCUACGCCAACUCGGCCUUCAAUCCCAUCAUCUACUGCCGCAGCCCGGACUUCCGCAAAGCUUUCAAGCGGCUCCUGUGCUGCCCACGGCAGGCGGACCGGCGGCUCCACGCCAGCGCCGGGGAGCUGUCGCGCGGGGGUUCUGGGGCGGCCACGGCGGGAGGCUGCGGCAGCUCCGCUACUGGCUGUGCCACCCCGUCUCCUGCGACCGCCUAUACGGAGCAGGGCGAGCUGCUUCCCUCGUCGCCUCACUACCUGGAGCCCUGGGCCGGCUGCAACGGCGGGGCGACCGGGGACAGUGACUCCAGCCUGGAAGACAGAGACAGCAAAGAUUCGUAUUCGGAAUCCAAGGUAUAGGACUGGUCGCUGGUGGAGGGGGGCGGGGAGCUGAGGGCCGUGGUGUGGAGGCGGGAACCGGGCUCGAGUUUUCUUUAUACUUUCUGGAAGGGGCGAACGAAUGCGCAGGUGGUUUCGAGGUUGGGGGCCGUCGGGGAGGGGUGGGGAGUGGGGCUUCCCCCCACCCCUUCCCCCCACUCCCACCCCCACCCAGGAAACUGAUUUGGAAAUCCAAGAGGAAGAAAAUCAACAGCCCUGAACUGUCUUCACAGGGAAGAGAGGAUCAGUGUUUACUCAAGACCGAAAGCAGGUGAUAGUGUAUCCUUCGUACCUCGUCUGAAUCAUCCACGGCAAACUGAAAAGCAACUCGGCAGUUGAACCGAAGGAAAGUUGAGGGCGGGGGGAGUAAUUGGAGUUUUGGAGUUUUCUUCUUGACUUCUGGGAGCAAGUGGGGAACGAUACCUGGCUCAUCUUUUCCAAUCUAAUUCUGCUCCUUCCUGACAAAAAUUGUGAAAGUGUUAGUUGGGUAGAUAAGUAGGACGGAAAAAAUAAUACAGGAUUUAGGAGGAAAAGGAAAACCACCCAACUUGGUUUCUCCAAGAGCUGCAUUAGCCAUGCUCAUCCUAUUCUUGGGAACUGGACCAGUCAACCAAAAAGUAAAAGAAAAUGAUUUUGUGGACAGUUUGAUAGGAGGUUUUUUUGGUUCCAUGAAAGUUUUUUUGUCAUUUUUAUUUCAAAGUCUGAACGAUGACAUCUUUAAACAAAGCAGAGGGGAAAAAAAAAAAAAGUUCAUCUUUUAAGAGUUUUAUUAGAACAAACCACCUGGCUUUCCUUUUGCACGGCAAACCAAGCGUCUUGGCAAUGGUGAUGAGGCAGAGGGGUUCCUACCUCAAACUGUGCAUAUUGCACAGGAAUUUUUUUUAAAAGAUGUUUAUAUUAAACAGAUUAUUUAUGUAUCAAUAUUAGUUUAAAGGACCAGGCACGAGCCUAUGUGACACGUGACUCUGUCACAAUUUGAAGAGAGAACAGUAAAAUGAGCAAACAGUCUUAGUGUCAAGAAAAAUUACUGCACAUUUGGAAAAAGAAAAUAAAAAGAAUGGUUCAAAAUGCCUUUUUGCACAGUAUUAGAAAUUUUAAAGUCCACUGAAGAUAUUACUUGCACAUACACACAAAUUUUAAUGAGGGGAGGAGAAGAAGUUGAAAAUAAACUGAAAUCCAAACUCUACUUUUUUGUUUGUCAUGUUACUGAGUUAAUAGUUUUAUUGAAGAAAAAAAAAGGACUUUUUAUACUAUUUUAUCAUGGUACUGUAUCUGUAUCCAUAUUAAAAAUUUAAAUAUAAGGAUUUUUUUUAUUAUUUUUGUAUGUUCAAGUGCCCACGUGAAUCUGCUGUUAAUUUAGCACUUGUGUGUCGUUUCUAUUUCCUCCUGUGUAUUUUAUAAAGUAUUUAUACUCUGGUGCAACUAACUACUGUGUAAGUAAAUGGUCUAUGUGCAAUAAAUACAAAUGCAGCACAAUCAA